AUGGUGUCGGCCGCGCUGAGGCUUCCCCAGCAGCCGGGAGACGCGGGAGGCGCCGAGCCGAAGGGGGUCUCUCCUCCAGGGGCGGGAACGCAGCUCGGCGCCGGGAGACAAGUGUCCAGCUUCUCCUUCGGGCGGCCGCGGGGCUACACCAUCUCCUCGCACAAAGCCGAGGCGCCGGCCCGGAGUGGGAGAGAAGAGGGCGAAAGAAAAGCUGGGGAGGGGGCGGAGAGGCCGAGGCGCCGAGCGGGUCCCGCGGCCGCCACAGCCCCCCACCUCCUCCUCCUCCUCCCCCGGGAGCUUCCUCGGCCGCCCUCGGAGGGGUGCCCGCCGGGGCCGCGCGCCCGGCUGCAGCUCCACAGGCCCGCGCUCUCCGCGCCCGCCGCCGAGGCCGUGUGCAACCGGCAGCUGCGGCAGCCGCGGGAGGAGAGUCGGGAUCGCCUCGAGAAGCCCGGGAGGAGGCGGGGCGCGCGGCGGAGGAACACGCAGGCGCCGCCCUCCUCCUCCCCUUCCCCCGGGGGCGAGGGGGCGGUGAGGGGGGAGGGGAGGCGGGGGGCCGGGCGUUCCCCUGCCGCCGGCCGGACCCCCCGCGGGACUGCGGAGAGCGGGGAGGGGCGGGAGCGGGCUCGGCGACUACGGCCGGCUAGGGUUCCUCCCCCGGGGUUGUCCUUGGCCGUCGUCCCCCCCGCGGUCGCCUACCGCUCCCCUGAGACUGGGGGAGCUCCCGGGCCUCCCCCGCGCCGGAGUGUGGAGACUGGGGCGCCGGGACCUCCCGGCGCGGGACCUGCGGCCACCGGCUUGCGAAGCCAGGGGGCGGCAACCGGGAUGCGUGACUGGGCGCCGGGCCGGGGGACUCCGGAUCUGCCCGUCCGGGUGCCCUCGUGCGGGGCUUGUCUUCAGCACGUCCUGUUGCUAUCUCAGGAACGGGACCUGCCAGUCGAUGGGCAACCCGGCCAGCCCCACGGCCCGCCCCAGCCGCGCGCCGCUCCCCGCGAUUCCUCUGGGAUGGGGGGAGGGAGUGGUGUAUAA